AUGUCCAUCAUUAAGGGUUCUCGUCCAAAUGGCACUGCAGCUCCCCACUCGUCUAAAAUCAAGGUCAUUGUGGUUGGAACUGGUUUGGCGGGAUUGGCGACUGCCGUUGAAUGCCACCGAAAAGGUCAUUCAGUUACUCUAUUAGAAAGACAUUCAGAGGUCCCAACAAAUGGUGACGGGAUCGGAAUCAGUCCGAAUGCAGCGCGCAUCAUAAGAAAAUGGGGCAAUGGAGUCGUCAAUAAGCACCUACAAGACUUUGCAAGCGACAUCAAGCAUGUCCAUACCUGGUCGCACACGGGGAAAUAUAUCAAUCCCACUUCAUUCGAUGAUUUUACCGGUGUUAAGGGGUACCUGAUUCAUAGAGCCAGUCUUAUACGGGUGAUGUAUGAGCAUGCAAAAUUCCUGGGAAUCGACAUUCAGCAUGACAGCUCUGUUACAGAUUACUGGGAAACAGGUCAGGAAGCCGGCGUGGUUGUGAAUGGAGAGAAGGUUGUCGCGGACUGUGUCAUCUGCGCCGAAGGUAUUCACAGUCGGGGGAGAUCCAUCAUCACGAAAUCUGACUUCCAAGAACCUCAACUGGAUCCAAUUUUCUCUACUUUCCGCGGUACUCUUGAUACAGAGGCUCUGCGACAGGACCCAGAAACCCGAUGGGCUGUAGAAAGUGAAAGUGAAACGACAAGAGAUGUGUACAAAGUCUGGACGACUCAUGGCAUGCAUUUGAGUAUUUUUACUGCACAACGAGGUAAUAUCACAGUGUGGUAUGCUGCUCACAAGGAUAAGGCAUUGAUGACAAAAUCUGAGCUAGAAAUGGCUCGCCAAUCGCCAAACAUCGAGACAGCUAUUGGGUGGAUUAGAGAAUGGCCACUCCGAGAGAAGCUUGAGCCUAUCCUUCGCAAAGCCGAUAAUGGUCGAUUUAUCCAGGCUCAAAUCAGCUCGUAUCAGCCUUUGAAAACCUGGCGAUCUCCUCUUGGCCGGAUGAUGGUCAUUGGAGACGCUGCGCACCCUACCCCCCCGGCGUCCGCUCAGUCUGGAAGCCAGGCAAUUGAGGAUGGCGCAGUGGUGGCAAUUGCCUUGGAGUUAGCUGGGAAAAACGACGUGCCGCUAGCAUUAGAGGUAACAGAGAAAAUCAGAUAUCCCCGAGCAACUGCUGUUCAAGAAGAAGGCAGGUCAAUACAAGAGGACUCCUUUGAGAAGCCCGAAUACGAGCCCGAGGGACGACCAGAAUGGAUGUGGGAUCACGACUGCCAGGAAAGUACAUAUCGGGAGUAUGAACUGGUAGCGGGAGCAAUUCGCUCGGGGCAAAAUUAUAUUCCCACCAAUUGUCCGGCUUUAAUAGUAUAA